AUGAAGAUGGGCGCCAUCACGCCGCUUGAGGACUAUGAUUAUUCCAACGCGGAACCGCGACGUGUGUACAAAUUUCAGCCAAAGUACUUCAUGACGAUGGGUCUUCAAAACACAGAUAUCAACCAUAUCAUACACAUCGACUCGAGUUAUCUUGAACGGCUUAAGGCUCGACGCGAUGUUGCCGCUAGCAGACCCGAAGUGCUUGCUUGCCUACCACGCGGUCUACCCGCUGUGCACGAGUUCUACACCUAUCUCGUUCACCAAUGGCUGCCGCAGCGGUACCCUACGAUAUUUACGCUGUUUCCCGAUCGCCAAGUAUUGGAAAACAAGGUGUCGGGAGAGCAUCUUCCAAUGACACCGCCCAAGGAUGGACGGCAAACACUUGAGAUCCUCAAUCGAAACCUGGACGAUGACGUAUUGUUCAUGACGCCUCAAAGCGACAAUGAAGAGGAUGGCUUUGCGCUGAAUGCACUGAUGUGGGCCUUUCCAAACAGGAGCGACCCUCGGAAACGGCUGGGUGGCUCCUUGAAGGAUUUACAUCAGCGUGUGCCGGGAUAUAAGGAAAGGCUUGAGAUGAGCAUGGAUCGUUACUUCCGUAAAUUGGAAGUCGGAAGAGUCGUUUGUCGGACAAAUUGGGCCAUCUCGAUUAAGGCUUCGCAGACAGCGAGUCAACUUACCGACAAGGACUAUCUGGGUCCAGUAUCUGGUGAUGUAAAUCCAGCCAAGAUCUACCUUCGUUGUGAGUUGCAGACUCUCUUUAGGCUUCCAGUUAGUGGCGCGCGCAUCUUCAUAAUCCAUGAAUAUGUCUAUCCACUACAGCAGAUCAAAGACGAAGGCCUGGGCCCUGCGAUGAUCAAGUCGAUUGAUGGCCUGAAAGAAGGAAACGUGCCUGCUAUAUGGGACUACAAGAGAGCACCAAAUUGGUCCGAACAGGUUAAGGAGUUCCUAAGCGCAUAG